CUUCAGCAUCUUAUCUCUUGAUCGUUAACGCCGAGGGCUCGGCGAUAAUUACCCGUUCUCUCUUAGCGGAUUCAAUAGAACAGAAAAGCGUGCCAAACACUCAAAGAGACCGCGUCAGACAAGACGAAUGCCAAGAUAGAGACAAAUCUCAGUCAUUUUAUCUCCCUUGAAUGUUGCUGACAUGGUGACUCCAUCAUGGGUACAUAGUAGCUUUGCAGACUCAAGAGAUAAGGGCUGGACGGAGAGAUCAGAUAAGGCCGGAGUUCAGCCGAUCCGCAACAUCAGAUAACAGGGAAUUCACGACAGACUCGAGCCUCGAGGAAGAGCAUUUGUCUUGGCAUCUUGCCACGCAACCUGGUGACGACUGCCUGAAUAGAUUUAAGGAUGGCAAAGCGUUGAUCUGCCGCUUGUCCCACAAGCUUGAUACGAAUCCCGAACCUUAUGAUGUCCAAGACAGUGACCUCAGUCACCCGGCCUUGCAAUAAAUAGGACGAUACUUUCCCUAUGGAUACUCCUAGAUACGAACUCAUCAUUCGUUCUCUCUUUUCGCAUCCUUUGAACACUUGUUGACCUCUGCCGUUCUUUUAGUUUGAAAGAUGCGCCAACAUUCGCGCAUGGCCGUUGCUGCUUUGGCAGCAGGAGCGAACGCAGCUUCUUUCACCGAUGUGUGCACCGUAUCCAACGUGAAGGCCGCCUUGCCUGCCAACGGAACUCUGCUCGGCAUCAGCAUGAUCCCGUCUGCCGUCACGGCCAGUCCUCUCUACAACCAGUCCGCCGGCAUGGGUAGCACCACGACCUAUGACUACUGCAAUGUGACUGUCGCCUACUCGCAUACCGGCAAGGGCGACAAGGUGGUCAUCAAGUAUGCAUUCCCCAAACCUUCCGACUAUGAGAACCGCUUCUACGUUGCUGGUGGAGGAGGCUUCUCUCUAUCCAGCGAUGCAACCGGAGGUCUCGCCUAUGGCGCUGUUGGAGGUGCCACCGAUGCUGGAUACGACGCCUUCGAGAACAGUUACGACGAGGUAGUCCUCUAUGGAAACGGAAGUAUCAACUGGGACGCCACGUACAUGUUCGCAUACCAGGCGCUGGGAGAGAUGACCCAAAUCGGAAAGUACAUCACUAAGGGCUUCUACGGCGACAGCAAGCUCUACACCUACUACGAGGGUUGCUCCGAUGGAGGACGUGAGGGCAUGAGUCAAGUUCAGCGUUGGGGUGAGGAGUACGACGGUGUGAUUACUGGUGCCCCGGCCUUCCGUUUCGCUCAGCAACAGGUUCACCAUGUGUUCUCCUCCGAAGUGGAACAGACCCUGGACUACUACCCGCCUCCGUGUGAGCUGAAGAAGAUCGUGAACGCAACCAUUGCUGCUUGCGACCCGCUUGAUGGAAGAACCGACGGUGUCGUGUCCCGGACAGAUCUUUGCAAGCUCCACUUCAACUUAACCUCCAUCAUCGGCGAACCGUAUCACUGUGAUGCGGAGACGAGCACCUCUCUUGGUUUCGGCUUCAGCAAUGGCAAGCGCAGCAAUGUCAAGCGCCAGGCCGAGGGCAGCACCACCAGCUACCAGCCCGCCCAGAACGGCACGGUUACCGCACACGGUGUAGCGGUCGCCCAGGCCAUCUACGAUGGCCUCCACAACAGCAAGGGCGAGCGUGCGUACCUCUCCUGGCAGAUCGCCUCCGAGCUGAGCGAUGCUGAGACCGAGUACAACUCUGAUACUGGCAAGUGGGAGCUCAACAUCCCGUCGACCGGUGGUGAGUACGUCACCAAGUUCGUUCAGCUACUGGACCUCGACAACCUGUCGGAUCUGAACAACGUUACUUAUGACACCUUGGUGGACUGGAUGAACACCGGUAUGGUGCGCUACAUGGACAGCCUUCAGACCACCCUCCCUGAUCUGACUCCCUUCCAAUCGUCCGGCGGAAAGCUGCUGCACUACCACGGUGAAUCCGACCCCAGUAUUCCCGCUGCCUCCUCAGUCCACUACUGGCAGGCGGUUAGGUCCGUCAUGUACGGCGACAAGACGGAAGAGGAGGCCCUGCAGGCCCUCGAGGACUGGUACCAGUUCUACCUGAUCCCCGGUGCCGCCCACUGCGGAACCAACUCGCUCCAGCCCGGACCUUACCCUGAGAACAACAUGGAGAUCAUGAUCAACUGGGUCGAGCACGGCAACAAGCCAUCCCGUCUCAAUGCCACCGUUUCUUCGGGUACCUACGCUGGCGAGACCCAAAUGCUUUGCCAGUGGCCCAAGCGCCCUCUCUGGCGCGGCAACUCUACCUUCGACUGUGUCAACGACGAGAAGUCCAUUGACAGCUGGACCUACGAGUUCCCUGCCUUCAAGGUCCCUGUAUACUAGUGUGCUUGUGUCAUUACUACUUUCCACUCACCUUCCAUAUCGAGUGACGAGAUUUGAGAAUCCGAUGGCUUCUAAGUGAAGUUAGUUAAUCUUCCUGACUUUCAUUCUUCGUUUUAUGCUUCCUGAGCACCUGGCUCGUUUAUCUAUACAUUUUGAAUAUCAAACCCCGGUUGAGCGUACAUACACAAACUGAGGCCAACCGAGACAAAUCUACAAUCUCUUCCUUCCAAGCAACAUUCCACCGAGCUUGUACAUAGAUAAUCACACAAGACCAAUAUCACAGCGAGGGCUACUCCACCAUAACUCUACAC